UGGGAAACCUGUUUCCUCGCGGGAGUGUUAUGUAACCUCUCAAGUCGGGCUAUAUGCUUGGGAAUUACUGCGCUGUCAAAUUCGUUUAUGCUUCCAGGCCAUGUUCGUGUCUUAAAUGAAGAUUUCGCUGACGGGACAGGCAGAAAGCCAUGCUGACAUGUUGGACAACAUGAACACAACCGGACGUGACCGCAGGAACAUCCAUGACGUCAUAUACACUCCGGAGUACAUACUUUUCUCCAUUGCAAUUUGUGUGCUGUCGAUUGUCGGAACGGCAGGAAAUAUUCCAGUGCUCGUUGUGUAUUUUCGUCGAAAGGAUAAAAAAACGUCAAAUACUUUCAUAAAAAUUCUGGCGCUGAUAGACCUAUUAGUGUGCAUGCUUAUUAUGCCAUAUACACUGGUUUAUGAACUUCAUUUGGUGUAUUCGGGUAUUGCCUGCAGAUUAUUCGAAUAUUUUAGACACUUCGCCAUCAUUUCAUCGAAUGUAACAGUGGUUGCCAUAGCAGCGGAAAGAUAUUUUGCAGUGUGUCAUUUCGCGAAACGGUUCACUGUUAAGCAAGUGAACUGUGGAAUGAUAGUUGUCGUGACAAUAAGUGGUAUCCUAGCAACACCUGCAGUCAUGAUCUUUACACUUGUAACAGCUGAUGAAGUCAGGGAUAUUGAGUGCCAAUUUCCACAUCCCGGAAAUGCGACCCACUUCUGCCACUUUACGACAUCACUAACCGGACCCCUGGUAGCGUAUCUUUACCAGAGUCUUCUCAUGUUGUCAUUCUUCAUCUCUCUCAUACUCAUUGUCAUAUUUUACGCGAUAGUUUAUUCAACGCUGUGGAAAAGAACAAAGUUGAGAACUACACAGAAUCGACAAAUUGCGACAAUCGGAAACGAGGACGAAAGUGUUCGCUCUGCUGACAAUAGCUUGAGCGUUGUUAAAGGCGAUUGUUCGGAAGUUUCCGAUCAGAAAGAGACAUCGUUUGUCGAAGAUUGCAAAUGUGCCAGCGGAGGUACCCUUGGAACUUCAAUAAGGAACAAAAGAAUUGGGCUUCAUUAUCGAACCGCAAAGAUGUUAUUCAUGUGUACUGUGAUAUACCUGAUAACCUGGGUGCCAUUUUGGUUUGAUAUAUUUGGCGCCACGCAGUUUCUUCUCCUUAGAUACAUGUUUUUCCUCGGCAACGCCACAAACCCCCUUGUUUAUGGUAUCGUAAAUUCUCAUGUGAGGCAUUCAUUCUUGAGACUCCUUCACGAGUGUAAACCAAGCGUUAGUUUUGUGUUUAAGGUAGAUGUUCCGAAGUCACCUGCAUCAAAAUGCAAUGAAAACUAAAUAAAUUAAAAGGGGUUCUAUUUAAAACGGCACCGACUGGCGAAAACGUCACCUCGCCUGAAGCGAAAACGGCUACUUCUGUCUGACGAAAACGCCACCUUAUUUUCUUAAUUACCUUGGUACUGAAAUAAAUGAAAUUAAACUCACAUUUUCAGUAAUUGUGAAAUGUUAAAACAUGUUUACAUCAGUAAUUAGCCUCUACUCCAAUUUGAAUACACAAGUUUGAUUGUGUGUAUUCCGACAAAUAGUAGCCGUUUUCGCCAAAUGGGGUGCUGUUUUCGCCCGAGAAAUCGGUGACGUUUUGCUGAGGUGCCGGUUUAGCCUGCACCCGAUUAAAAGCACUUGAUAUGCUUGCUUUGUUCGUAUGGAAUGAUUUGUAGAGUUUUGUAAAACAUGAAAUCAAUCUUUUAUUGAUUUCAAUUUCCUGGUGUCCAUGUGUUAUCAAGAGAAUAGCGACACUUGAAGCAUCCUACACUCUCGGAGGCUGAAACGGUUUGCACUGAUUUGAAGAAAAAUGACCACUUAAAGCAUGAAAGGGAUGAAUGUGACACACUUUGGAAACGCAUAUUCGAUUCCUUUUUAACUUUGGGGCAAAAUGGCCACAACAAAAUCAAAUUAAGUGGCUCUCUGUAUUUAGGGAUGAGAUGAUCAAACACAACAAUGUCGUCGCACAGGUACGGAUCUUAUUGCUGAACGAUCAUUGUGGGCUGUUAAUAUAACAAAAACACGGGGCGGUCGGGUAGCCUGGUGGUUAAAGCGUUCGCUCGUCACGCCUAAAACCCGGGUUCGAUUCCCGACAUGGGUACAAUGUGUGAAGCCCAUUUCUGGUGUCCCCCGCCGUGAUAUUGCUGGAAUAUUGCUAAAAGCGGCGUAAAGCUAUACUUACUCACUCACUCACUCACAAAAAACACGUGUGAGUAUCAGGUUCCCAACAACACGCAGUUAUUCAAAUUAUGCGCCGUGCAUUAACAUGCACGUGGAAAUUGUGAAUCACGACCUUUAAAUGUCUUCACGAAUAUGUAUUGAAAGAUGCAUUAUUUAUUUUCAGAGUAUAUUUAUUUUUAUUCAAGCACAGUUACGUUUUUCCGUUAAUUCGUUCAGAGUGUAUUUUAUCUUUUAGACAUUUGUUGGUUCGCCGCUGGUUUGUUAUUUUUGUACGCCAAGUGGAAUUUGUUCCGUCGGAUAAUCGAGACUG